GUUUAAAGAAGGUUGUUUUUGAAAGCUUAAGAGCCGGAAAAGGAAUUAUUUUACAUUUGUUUCUCAAAUUAUAAGAAAAGUUUAAUAAAAAUAAACUAAACUCAAAAUGCAGUUUAACAAUCGUUUGUUAUUGAAGAUCAUUCAAUUAGUGAUUGCCGUGGUCUGUAUUAUCUUAUGGGAAACUGUUGGCACGCUCUCUAGUCGAUACAUGAUCGUAUGCGGUACUGUUGCUGGUUUCACAAUUAUCUGUGCUGUCUUAUUCAUUGGUCACAUUCUGGACUCACAAGUUGAAAAACGCAUGAACGCUCUAUUUUCUAUAGUCGGUUGUGUGCUCUUCAUCAUCUCUGGUAUCUUAGUAAUUGAACAAUGGCAGGAUGAUAAAUGGUUUGGAUUCAAUAAAGAGAACCGUCGUUAUGCUCUAGCUGCCGGAUCGUUGAUGAUCAUUAAUGGUGUCAUCUUCCUUUUGGACGCAAUAUGCAUUUUUAGAUCGUAAUUUUCAUGUCUAAUUUAUUUAAUUUCAAUAACAGAUCUUCUUUCAUACAACAAGAAACAACUCUUCAAGAACAGAAGCAUCUUUUAUAUUAUUAUAUAUAUGUCCAAAAAAAUCUCAAACAUAAGUAUCACUUCAUAUGCACAUACAUACUCCACAAGAAAUUUAAAAAAUCUCAUAUCAAUCACUAUAAGAUGCAUCGCAGAGGGAAGAAUUUAAUCUUCAAAAACUUAAAGAAGCAGUCCUUGAAAUGACUUUAUAUUCUGACAUUAAAUUUAAAUAAACUUUUCUAUAUACAUCCCUUGUAUUCUGUGUUUAUAUUGAUAA